UCCUGUCCUUGGCAUGAUAUCGGAAAAGUAUGAUUUCAUCUUGUUAGUGAGGGCUUAAUUUACAGUUUUGGUGCCUAAUAAAAUGCCAGAGUCAUCAAGGAGAACGACUAAGGGGAAGAUAAGAUGGAGCAAACUGUACAACUUCACAUGCUUGCGACCCUCCACUGCAGAUUCUGUUGUUCAUCUAGAGCACCUUGGUCAGCCAGGAUUUUCUCGUCUGGUUCUCUGCAAUGAACCUCAACUACACAAGACCAAACCUCACAAAUACCCCAGCAAUUAUGUAUCCACAACUAAGUACAAUGUAGUAACUUUUCUUCCCAAAUCACUUUUUGAGCAAUUCCGCAGAGUUGCCAAUCUUUAUUUUCUCUUGGCAGCGGUGCUGUCCUUCACUUCUUUGGCUCCUUUUUCUCGUAUAAGCUUGGUUGCUCCCUUGGUCUUUGUAAUUGGGAUUAGCAUGCUUAAAGAGGCUGUGGAAGAUUGGCAUAGGUUCUUACAGGACUUGAAUGUGAACUCUCGAACUGUAAAGGCUCGUGUAGGAAACGGCAGAUUUGCUGAGAAAACAUGGAGAGAACUUUCUGUAGGAGAUGUCAUUAAAGUUCAUAAGAAUGAAUAUUUUCCAAGUGAUCUCCUCUUUCUAUCUUCCAGCUACGAGGAUGGAAUUUGUUAUGUAGAGACCAUGAACCUUGAUGGAGAAACAAAUCUGAAAGUUAAAAGAUGCUUAGAAGCAACACUCGGCAUGAAUGAAGAUGAAGAACUCAGCAAAUUCAAAGGCACUGUCCGUUGUGAGGACCCAAAUCCAAAUCUUUACACCUUUGUGGGCAAUUUGGAGUUUGAAAAUGAAUCAUAUGCCUUGUGCCCUGCUCAGGUGCUUCUAAGAGAUUCAAAACUUCGUAACACUGAUUACAUUUAUGGAGUAGUUAUUUUUAGCGGGCCUGAUACAAAAGCAGUACAAAACUCCACAAGGUCGCCAUCUAAACGUAGCCGGAUAGAAAAAAAGAUGGAUCUUGUGAUUUAUCUUCUUUUUUCAUUUCUUUUUUUGAUAUCAUUAGUCACCGCAAUUUCUACUGCAUUCUAUCUGAAAUACGAGAUGGUUGAAUGGUUGUACCUUCGAUUGCAAGAUGAUGACGAUCCAUUCUUCAAUCCCAUAAAGCCUGAGGUUUCUGGUUUUCGGCACUUUACGAGGGCCCUAAUUUUGUAUGGCUACUUGAUCCCCAUUUCUUUAUAUGUUUCCAUUGAAGUGGUGAAAGUUUUACAAACCAUGUUAAUCAACAAAGAUAUUGAAAUGUAUGAUGAAGUAACAUGUAAGUCUGUUCGAGCCCGAACUUCAAAUUUAAAUGAAGAACUGGGUCAGGUAGAAAUUAUUCUUUCGGAUAAAACAGGGACUUUGACUCGUAAUGAGAUGGAAUUUAGAAAAUGCUCAAUUGCAGGAACCUCAUAUGGGGGUGAUAUAAAGGAAGUUGAUCUUGCUGCAUCUAGAAGAAUGAAUACUUGUGCUGAGACCUAUCGAUGCAGUAUUGACGAAUCCAACACUAGUCAAAGCUUUGAGUUGUCUGAAUUCUCUGAGGCUGACAUCAUGGUCACUGAAAAGGCAAUUCUAGGUGGCCGAGAAGAUGGGGAGAAUCAGAGCACUGAAAGCCCAGAAAUCUCUACUGUGGGGAAGGAAUCUGUUAUCAAGGGUUUCAACUUCACGGAUGAUAGGCUCAUGAACAAUCGAUGGAUGUACAGAUCCAACUUAUUUGAUGUCAUAAUGUUCUUCAGAGUCAUGGCUCUAUGCCACACAGGCAUACCUGUUGAAGCCAAUCAGACUGAUAAGCUAAAGUAUGAGGCUGAGUCACCAGAAGAAGUGGCUUUUUUGGUAGCUUCACAAGAAUUUGCAUUCCAAUUUUUCAGAAGAACCCAAUCUGUAAUGGUUCUCAAGGAGCUGGAUCCUUCCUCUGGAAAGGUGGUGGAGAGGGAGUACAAGAUUUUACAUUUGUUGGAGUUCAGUAGUUCACGGAAGAGAAUGUCAGUCAUAGUGAGGAAUAAAGAUGGUCAGAUCUUUCUCUUUUGCAAAGGUGCCGACAGCAUUAUCUUUGAUAGGCUUGCAGAAAAUGGUAAAUCAUACCAAGAAGCAACAGCUUUGCACCUUUCAAAUUAUGCAGAAGAUGGUUUCCGCACUCUAGCAUUUGCAUAUAGGAUUAUAGAGACUGCAGAAUACGAACAUUGGAACUCAAUAUUUUCACAGGCUAAGACCACAAUAGGUCCUGAAAGAGAUGAAUUACUAGAUAAAGCAUCUGAACUGAUUGAAAAAGAUCUGAUUUUAUUGGGGGCUGCUGCUGUUGAAGACAAGUUACAGAAAGGGGUUCCAGAGUGCAUAGAUAAACUUGCCCAAGCAGGGCUAAAAAUAUGGCUGCUCACAGGUGACAAGAAGGAAACUGCAGUAAAUAUUGGAUUUUCUUGUAGCUUACUUCAGCAGGAUAUGAAGCAGUUCCAUAUAUGUUUGAGCAAAGAAGCUGAGACUAAGAGCCAAGUGAAGGCAAUGAAAGAAGACCUUUUAUAUCAAAUUGAAAAUUCUUACCAAGUGAUGUGUGAAGAAUGCAAUAAAGACUCUCCCUUUGCCAUGGUGGUAGAUGGAAAAGCUCUUGAAGUCGCUUUGACAGAUGGUGUAAAGAACCAGUUCUUACAGUUGGCUGUUAAUUGUGCCUUUGUUAUAUGCUGUCGAGUGUCUCCGAAACAGAAAGCAUUGAUUACUCGAUUGGUGAAAGAGUAUACUGGCAAGACAACCCUUGCCAUUGGAGAUGGGGCAAAUGAUGUUGGCAUGAUUCAAGAAGCUGAUAUCGGUAUCGGGAUCAGUGGCAUGGAAGGAAUGCAAGCAGUAAUGGCAAGUGACUUCUCAUUGCCUCAGUUCCGAUUUUUGGAGAGGUUACUUAUAGUUCAUGGGCACUGGUGUUACAAGAGAAUUUCCAAAAUGAUUCUCUACUUUGUAUACAAGAACAUUGUACUUGGCCUCACUCUAUUCUAUUAUGAAUGUUACACAAGUUUCUGUGGGGAGGUCCUAUAUGAUGACUGGUACUUGGUGCUGUUCAAUGUGAUUUUGACAUCAUUGCCAGUGAUAUCAUUAGGAGUCCUAGAGCAGGAUGUUUCCUCCGAAAUAUGCCUCCAGUUCCCUUCCCUUUAUAAACAGGGUCCAAAGAACAUAUACUUUGCUUGGAAGCGCAUCAUUGGUUGGAUAUUGAAUGGUGUGGUAGCUUCUCUAAUCAUCUUUCUUGCCAAUAUAUACAUGCUCUCCUCCGCCGCAUUCCGACAGCAGGGAGAAGUUUCAGAUGUUGCACACCUCGGUGGCAUUACAUUCACAUGCAUAAUCUGGACUGUAAAUUGCCAAAUUGCUCUAGUUAUCAGUCACUUUACUUUUAUCCAACAUCUUUUUAUAUGGGGUAGCAUAUUGUCCUGGUACAUCUUCCUGCUUGUGUAUGGUGCUCUUCCUCCUGCCUACUCAAAGAAAGGAUUUCAUCUCUUCAUGGAAGCUAUUGGCAGUGCACCAGUGUAUUGGAUGAUUACAUUGAUUGUCACAGUAGUUUCUCUUCUACCAUACUUCAUGCACAUUGUCAUCCAACGUUUAUUCUAUCCCCUGGAUGAUCAUAUUCUUCAAGAAAUGAAGUAUUGCAAGAAAGAAAGUAUCAACAAUCAAGCAUGGCAAAGGGAGCAAUCCAACUCAAGGAAGAGCACCCUGAUAGGGCUUUCUGCCAGAGUUGAUGCAAGGAUUCAAUAUUUGAAAGAACACUUGCACCAGAGGACAAAAUCAAUAUAUAGAUCAGUAACAAGCAGCCCAUUAUUUCAAUGAGUCUGCAAGCUUUCUGGAAUCUUUUAUACGAAUUGUUAUUUAAUUAUAAAGCCUAUUUUCUUCAAUUACAUUGAA